AUGAUCAGUUUGACUACGGUACUCGCCGUUAGAAUUGUGUUACAAAGUGAGAAAUAUAAUCCCGACGUUGGUUGGAUUCUCUUUCUUUGCUUUCUCCAACGAAGUCAGUCUUUCGACCGCUCACGCGAUGAGCCACUCGGUCGCCUCUGCAUAUUUGUAAUUGCAGGCGGUAAUGGGAUCCCGUUGCCUCGGUGGCUACUAUUUCUCGAUGUCUCGACUAUCGACUCAACAAUGGUAGCGGCUGAGGCAAGACUUUAUUGUCAUUAUCCAGCAUUUUUCGGACGUCGAGUAUCAAGACGCUAG